CCCGGGAGCGAAGAGCGCGCGGCGAACCGGGCGCCGGGUCAUGCGCCGCCGCCUGUGGCUGGGCCUGGCCUGGCUGCUGCUGGCGCGGGCGCCGGACGCCGCGGGAACCCCGAGUGCGCCGCAGAGAACGCGCAGCUACCCGCACCUGGAGGGCGACGUGCGCUGGCGGCGCCUUUUCUCCUCCACUCACUUCUUCCUGCGCGUGGACCCCGGCGGCCGCGUGCAGGGCACCCGCUGGCGCCACGGUCAGGACAGCAUCUUGGAGAUCCGCUCUGUACACGUGGGCGUCGUGGUCAUCAAAGCAGUGUCCUCAGGCUUCUACGUGGCCAUGGACCGCCGGGGCCGCCUCUACGGGUCGGUUCCGGGAGCGCAUCGAAGAGAACGGCCACAACACCUACGCCUCCCAGCGCUGGCACCGCCACGGCCAGCCCAUGUUCCUGGCACUGGACAGGAGGGGGGGGCCCCGGCCAGGCGGCCGGACGCGGCGGUACCACCUGUCCGCCCACUUCCUGCCCGUCCUGGUCUCCUGAGGCCCCGAGAGGCCAGCGGCUCCCCAAGGUGCCCAGGCUGGUGGCGAGGGCCCAGCCAUGCUUGUUCUUCCCCUUGCUGGCCCCGUAAGCGCUGAGUGCCCACGGCGUGCGGGCGCUGGGGACACAGCACAGGAGCCCCCCAGGGGGACCCCAGCCUGAGGGGACGGCGGCCACCAAGCAGGUCCAAUCCUGAGUUGGCGACCUCGAGGACCCAACAGGGCACCUCCUGGGCUGAAGGAUGCGGACGUCGAAAGGUUGAGGGGGAUGUCCCAGGCAGGGCCCUGCAGAGGCAAGGGCUCAGGGUUGGGAGCACGCUGUGGGGCAGGCCAGGAGAGGAGAGGAGGGGAGGGGAAGGGGGGCGAAGAAGGAGCUGGGGGGACAGUGACAGACACCGCAGAACACCAGCCUCGGAGUCGGUCCCGUCCCGGGAAUCUGCAAAUGCACUGCCUUGUGAGGACCAAGGCACCCGCAGGUGGGACAGAGAUGGGGGAGCAUCCGGGGUGGGGGGUCCAGGGCCCCAGUGUCCUCACAGGGUCCUCACGACAGGAGGCGGGAGGGUGAGAGCCAGAGAGAGACGGGGACGGGCUGCACUGUGGAAGGGGAGGAAGGGCCCAAAGCUGAGGGAUGUGGGAUGUGGGUGCCUCCAGGUGCUGGGGAAGGCGGGAAACGGGUCCCCACUGGAGCCCCCGGGAGGGACCAGCCCUGCCCCACCUUGAUACUAGCCUGGUGGGACCCAUUUUGGACUCUGGCCUCCAGAACCACCAGAAAAUAAAUGUCGUCUUUUAAGCCUU